AUGGAGAUUUCGGAAUUAGCCGUCCCCUUCGUUUACGCUUUGAUACUUUUCCUCGGCUACCCGUCACAAUGGAUGUUGAUGUACCUCGAGCCUGGACCCUUGAGCAAGAACGAGCUCAUCAUCUCCAAUGUACUCCUAGUGUUGAUCUUCAUCACAUACACGAAAUCGGUUUUCGUAGAUCCUGGCACUAUACCAAAAGACUGGGCUAAAGAGGAAGAGAAUGGGAAGCAGAGUAAGAGCGGAGAGGGUGUUGGAAAGAGUAAGAAAUGGUGUCGGAGAUGCGAUGCUGCGAAGCCUCCGAGGGCGCAUCAUUGUAAAGAGUGCAAAAGAUGCAUCCCAAAAAUGGAUCACCAUUGUCCCUGGACCGCCAAUUGCGUUUCCCACACUACUUUUCCGCAUUUCCUACGCUUUCUCUUAUACACCACUCUUGGUCUUUCGCUACUCGAAUACUUCCUCUUCGUCCGAAUUUCAUACGUUUGGAGCGCCCGGGAUCUACCCUCUUAUCUGGGUCCCAAUAUAUUCCAAGUUGCGCACCUUUUUGUCACCUUGAUGGCAAAUUCCAUCACGUUAUUUGCAAUCGCCGUCCUGCUGAUCAGGAAUAUAUGGGCUCUAGCCGUCAACACAACGACAAUUGAGGGUUGGGAGAUCGAACGACACCGCACCCUUGUACGCCGCGCCCGGCAUUUCGGGGGGUUUCUGGAGGGACCAGAUGGCGCGCAAGUGUACAUCAAGAAACAAGAAUUUCCCUACGACGUCGGUAUACUAAGUAACAUAGUACAAGGCAUGGGGACUGCAAACCCGAUUAUGUGGUUGAACCCUCUCUGCCCCACACCUACCAUCUCAUCCGCCCUCUCCUUCCCAGUAAACGGGUUUGAAGACGCAUCUACUACCUGGCCGCCCCCAGAUCCUGACCGCUCCUACCGCCGCCACGCUACAGCAGUCAAUGCCGACGCGUUCACGUACCAGGACUCCAGUCUCUCAGCUGCUGACACCGUCGCGGCUUUCAAAGCACGGCAAGCAGACGACGUAGUGAGGAGACGAAAACCUUUCGUGGAACGCAUAGAAGCAACGCUAUCUAGGGAGAAGAGCAAUGAUGUAGACGAGUACUACGGCGUUGAUGAAUACGCGGACGAUAGCGAAGUCGAAGAUGAAGUGAGGAAGAAGUACGUCGACGGCGAAGGCGAGGAAGGAUGGCGCAAUUCCGAGGGUGAGCGAUUGAAAGAUUUCGGUGUCGACGAGGAUGUGGAGUUUUACGAUGAGCAGGAGGAUGAGAUUCCGCUCAGCGAGUUGAUUGCUAGGAGGAAACUGGCAUCAACGUCCACGCCAGCGUAUGGCUAUUCAUAG